AUGUCUUCCAUCCCUCACCUUGUCGCCGUCACGGCCACCAAGGUCCUCCGCAGAGACGACGACGACAACAGCAACGGCGACUGCUAUACUGCCACGCCCGGUCCCAACGGUUACGUCGGUGACCCGAACGCUUGCAAUGCCUACUACAACUACAACCCGCAAUAUGCGCCCGCCGUGGCCGUAGCUGUACUUUUUGCCAUUUUCUUUGGCGCACAUCUCUUCCAGGGUAUUGCAUACAAGAAGCGUUACACUUGGGUCGUCAUCAUGGGAGCUUGCUGGGAAAUGGUUGCCUUUAUCCUGCACUCGGUCGGUAGCAAGAACCAGCAGAAUGUCGGCUAUGCCACAGCAUGGCAGAUUCUGUUCUUGCUCGCUCCUCUCUGGAUCAACGCCUUUGUCUACAUGACUUUUGCUCGCGAGGCCUACUUCUUCCUGCCCGAGGGCGACCGCAGAAUCCGCGGCAUCAAUGCCACUUCUAUUGCCAAGUGGUUCGUCGGCGCUGACGUUCUCACCUUUAUCGUACAAGGUGCUGGUGGUAUCAUGGCCAGCCCUGGUGCAGGUGCCGAGACCAUCAAGACCGGUUUGAACAUCUACCUCGCCGGCAUGGGUUUCCAGCAGUUCUUUAUCCUGCUCUUCCUCUGGCUCAUGAUCGAGUUCCACAUUCGCUGCAACUCCUGGGGACCCAGCGGUGCCGCUUCCUACGGUGCCGGCAAGCGUAACUGGAGACCCCUCCACUAUGCUCUAUACGCCACUCUGGGCUGCAUCACGAUUCGUGUCAUCUACCGUAUUGCUGAGUUCGCCGGUGGCAUCAAGCCCUCCAACCCCAUCCCCUUCCACGAGGAGUACUCCUAUGCCCUCGACUGUUUCCCCAUGAUGGUCGCCCUCCUCAUCCUCGCCGUCUGGCACCCUGGCCGCUUCCUCGUCGGCCCCGGCAGCGAGUUCCCCAAGCUGUCCAAGGCCCAGAAGAAGCAGGCCAAGGCCGACCGCAAGGCUGCCAAGUACGCCGCCAAGCACGGUGGCAAGGCCGUCCCCGGCCACAUUACGGACGAGUACGAGGUCACCGAGUACGGCAGCCGCCAGUAA